AUGGUCUAUCAUAAUAACUCUUUGAACGAUAAUAAUGUAUUUUAUGAGGAAGAAGAAGCUCGAGAAUGGAAACAGCUGCGUUCGCAACAAAGAAAUGAUGAGUGCGCCACAUCUCCUUUUAGAAGAAUGCCUGAUGAAGUAUGGUUGAUUCCACCAAAUAUCGAUGUAAAAUUAGUUUUGGGUGAUAGAAAGAUCAAUAUGUCACGUAUUGAGGAGUCAACAAAUACACACAUGAGUUAUAAUGAUACUGAAGGGCAAAUUGAAAUGUGGGGAACGCGUCGUGAUCUCGAUCAAGCUCUUAUGCAAUGGAAUACGAUCGCCAUGAAUAUUCACGACGAUCAAAUUAAAUCCAGGAGUGCAAGAAAAGUUAAAGGUUGGGCUAGACCAGAAAAAGCCCUUACAGAAAAACAAGUUAAAAAAUUACAACGUAGAGAAGCAAGAGAAAAAGAAGGACAAGAUCUUAAAUGUUUUCCUAAGAUCGACCUUCCCUUUUCUUCUCAUUUUUAUUUUCCAGAUCACGAAAUUCCAAUUUCACGAAUCAUUGGUGAAAAAGAUGAAUUUUUGGAUCCAAUUCGUGUUCAAACCAAAUGUUACAUGUGGUAUGAACCACAAAAUCACAUGGUUAGAGUUAUUGGUGAUAAUGAGGAUAGCGUUUAUGAAGCAAUUUCACGCGUUAAAAAUCUUUACCUUAAAGUUUUCUUUGCUCGUAGCAUUCCAAUAAAGAGAGGCUGGGUUUAUCAUAUGAUUGAACAACCUCGAAUGCCUUACAAAGUUAAAAUUACAGAUCCGCCUAGUUGGCUCAUACCACCUUAUGAUAUAGUUGGUUUUUUUAAAGUUUUCGAACCUGUUAUUGAAGAGCAAUCCGCUACUAGUACAAAUACUGAAAUUUUUGAGUCAGCAUUUAACGCCAAUGUUCACACAGAAAACCUCAAAAGAAUUGAAGAAGCUCUAUUGAGAACUUUACAAACUGUUUAUUUGUUCGACGAAGAAAUAAAACUGCGCGUUAGAUUUGGUCAAAUAUGCCUUACUUAUUUUCCUAAAGAUAUGUCAUUAUGGUCAAUCGAUAGAUUGAAUAACUUAGUCUUGAAAGAUACUCGUUUGCAAUCAAAGUUUGCUACAUGUCUUGCAACAGAUUUUAAUCAACUCAAAAAAUUAGAAGAAUAUUUUUCUAGUAAUCAAGUAUGGGAUGGGUCAUGCUCUCAUGAAUUCAAGAUUCGUGCAUUACGUCGUCCCGUUAGAUUUGAUGAACAAAGAUGGGCAUGCACGUUUGACGUAUCGUUUAGGAACGGCAAAAUAGGAUUAUGGAAUGCGGUUGCUGAUGAAAAAAACGUAUUGGAGAUUAACAUGGCUUGUUUGGACUAUGGAAGUUCUUGGAGACUUUCUCUAAAAACAGCCAAAAGACUUAGUAUCGACAAAUUUGGCCCACAAGGAUUAUUCUCCACAAAAUCAUUGAUUUAUACAAAUACUGAAGAUGUUAUUGAUACCUCAGUUUGUGAAAAGCAUAAAGAGAAAUUUUUAUGGAAAGAGCAUUUUAUAAUUGAGAUUACAAGAUAUGAAUAUUGGAACUGUGAAGGAAAAUUUUUAAACGUUUCACCUGGAGUGGAAAUUCCUUUACAACGUGAACCAUCGGAAAAUGUGUCAUUUGGAGUUACGUUAUAUAAGAAAUCAUGGGAUGAUGAUUUCUCUGCAAACGGCAAUUUAAAUUCAGGUGAAGUGCCUGAAUGGUAUCCUGAUGAUAUGUCGAAUGGCGUUAAGCAAAUGUUGAGUGAUAUAAAUGAAUUCUUGAAAAUUUUGCAAGAUUCCAAUGUUAUUAAACCAAAUAUAUUAAACUAUGAGUCUUUAAAUUAG